UCAUUAUCAUCAUUUGGCAAUCGUUAGCCACCUGAUUAGGUCGUCUAGCAUAACACUAAUUUACUAAAAUGUUAACUUUAAUAAUUUCUUUGAUAGUUCCGCUAUCCCUUGUACUAAUAUUUAGGUUUUUAAAUGCAGAGCGGAAACCGGCGAUAUUCGGAGUUUACCAGCAAAGGAACAAGACUUACUUUCUGAAAUUUAUUGUUUUGUACUUAUUUUUAAGGAGUAGACAGUUAAUCAGACACCUAAGAAGACUGCGCGCCGUUGAUGUGGGUCGAAGCGAUGAUGGCACCAUCAAACCACACGAACAAGACGAGCCUCUGGAGAAGAAAUACUAUCUAGGAGAUUAUCCACUGGCCGUGGAUGCGGUAUAUUACAACGGGAUGUCAAAAGAAGGAGCUGCUUUAGUCUGCGGCCUGGCAUGCAGGGCUCACCACGAUGUCGAUGCAUUUAUGUACUUGAAAGUAGAAGGAGAAGAAUUGUUACUCACACCAAAUCUCCCCGACACUUGUGCAACUCAAACAGCAGUGGAACAGGGUCACUACAAGUCAGGGGGACUCUCCAUUGUUAAUUUCAUACCUAUGCGGACCUGGGAGGUGACUUACAGCGGCGAGAUGAAAACCAAGGAUGGCAAGAAGAUGGACGUCGAAUUAAGCGUCACAUGGAGUGCCCACUUCGGCCACUUCAACUAUGACACCCAGAUGGCGCCACUCAGUAUGGCUAGCGACAUGGCUCGCGAGGCUUGGUCCGCCGACUAUUUCAAAUUACUUAAAAAGUUCCAUCAAACUCGCUAUGAGCAGAUGGGCCACCUACUAGGCACUGUGACCAUCAACGGCCUCACGACGGAUAUAAGCAUGCCGUGCGUUAGAGAUCAUAGCUUCGGAAACUAUCGCGAUUGGCGCAAUUUUCACAGAUACGUUCUUCACUUUUUGUAUCUCGAGAACGGAGAUUGUCUGACUGUGGGUUGCGUAUCACAACCUGUUGUCAUUUCCCAUCUCACUAUUGGCUACCUAUGCCGAAAGGCCGAUCAGACGAUAUUUCCCGUGAAGUCCACCGAUUUUAAACUAUACCAACACGGAGAGAACGGAAUAUUGCCAAAGGAUUACGGAUUCAGUUUUAAAGCAGGAGGUGAACGGUACGUAGUCAAAGUGUUAGUGGACGAGGAGGAUUCAUUCUUCAUGGGUAAAGACCGGGAAGCGAAGAUCUACGAGCGCUGGUGCACCGCUGAAGUAAAUGGCCUUAAAGGCUGGGGCUGCGCUGAGUGGCACUAUAAUAAUACUCGCAAGUGAGAUUUGUAUAAUUAAAAUUUAGUAGGUAAUAAA